UUUGAUCCAGUGACCCGCCACAUAUUGUCAGCCAGACUGCACAAAACUAAAGAGUUGAAGAAUGAGGUGUGUGAUCUUCAGCGGGAACUGGAAAAUGCCAGGCUGGAAAACAGACUGCUCAGGCAGCUCCAGUACAGACACAUGAGGGCACUGGUCAAGUUCGAGAAUGAGCAGCAUAACUUACCUCAGCUUCUGAGCAGGCACGAGAGUGAAGUGCGGAUGUUGAAAGAAAUGCUGCGAAAGUCAAAGGAGCAAGAUCGGAAUGUGUCGAAGCAACUGAAAGAGGCAGAGUCAGAGCUGUGGAAGACCAAGAACUCUCUGCAGAAGCUAAAGGUUCUCUGUGACAAGAAGAACUUGCAGGAGCGGGAUGAGCUAACCUGGAAACUAACAAAUCUCACAAAAAAACUUGAACUCGAUCAGCAAAAGAUCCAGGACCUGGAGAAAAUUCUGGAAUUAAAAGGUAAAAGUUUCAAUCAUCAGCUGGCUGCAGAACACAGAAAGACACAGGAGGCCCUUGAUCUGGCAAAGAAGCUAGAAUUGGAGCAACGCACCCUGAAUCAAAUGCUGACGGAAAAAGAAAGGCAGCUAGGAGUUAGAAACAUCUAUGCUAAUCGCAUGCUGCUGGAUCAUUCAAAAAACAAUCGGUCAUCGCCAAGACAUAAAGCUGAAAAUGUGGCCAAAGCAAUACAGACAGAAGAAUCUUUGUCUCCCAUCACUUCCUUUUCUCCUCAUAAUGUCCUUCCAAAUUUAGAGAAGAAGCCUGUACAUAGUGAGAAGGAAGCACCAAAUGAAGCUGAUGAUGAUUGCAAAGCAUCAAAAAGACAACUCAGAAAGGAAGACAGUGAAUUAGAUUCUGAGAUGGAGAGACUAAGAAAAGAAUAUGAACAAGCAGAGAGGAGAUGGAAGGAGAUGACAGAAAAUGAUAUCUUAGAAAACCUUGAAAGAGAAAAAAGAGAAAAAAAGAAGGAAAGAGCUGCUCAAGUUUUGAGAGAGGCCUCAGAAAGGAAAGAGACAGGAGAAGAGCAGGACACCAAUGGAAGAGAGCAGCUAGAAACAAUGGAGGAAAACAAAGACGCAAAUGAAUUACAACCGGACGAUAUCAAGAACAAAGGUGAAACAUUUAUAGUAAAUGACAAUGCUGAUAAAACUCCUUCUAGACUCAGAAGGCGCUAUAGGUUCACAGAACAAAUUGAAAAUCUCCACCAAGGGCUUCCUGUUUGCAAAAUAUCUUAUGCUACCCAUAUCAGCAACAAAAAAAGACAAGACAGGCAAGAAAGUAAGGAGUUUCCGGACUUAAACUCUUCCUUCAGUGGUUAUGAGCCAUCUUUUGCGAAGUUGUGCAAUCGAUCAAAUGAACUGAGGCACCAAGUUGGGAAAGACCCAAAUGAAAAAUCUGAAAAUUGUCUUCGGUCAACAUCAAGAAAUGAUACAAAAAAUAGCCUCAUUGAAAAGUUAUUUAGAUCAAGCAGUACUUUAGAAAAUAAACCCUCCAAAGACGAUGAAGCUAAAGCCACAGACAAACUAAAACAGCUACAAAGAAAUAAACAGACAAGUCGAAUUCAGGUUACUAACAAGAAUAGGUUAAAUGUUCUGGAUCCUGACUUGCUGCCUGUGAGAGUUUUAGAACCAUCCACAGAUGAAAGUGAAAAAUUGGUUUUACAAUCUUUACAUAAAUAAAAAUAAGAAUAUAGACAUUUGUUAAGUUUUAUUAAGGUUGUUGUAGCACACUUCUCUCCAGAAAUUGAGAUAAAUGGAAACAAUUGCCAUUCUGAAGAUUUUUCUGAUGAGAAUGCAUAAGGGAAAGAUGUUGUCCCUAAUGUCGAAAGUAAUAAAUAAUUGUUAGAACAUUUUACAACUUGUUUGCACACAUUUAACAUUUUCCCAUAUGAAUAGUCAACUCAGAAAUUCAUUUGUAAUAGCAUUACAUCAGCAAUGCAGGUAUGCUUUAAGAUGGGUACCUAGUGUAACUGGCAAGCCCGAGUUAUAUUAUUAGUUCUGCAUUUUUCAUUGCCCAUACUAAUCCAGUUAAAGAUGAUUCAGGAUCAACAAAGAAUCUUAUAUAGAGGUCAGUUUGCUGCCAAUAUUCAACAGUUUAACAGUGAAAUUUAAAUGGUUAUCGUGUGCCACUCGUAAAAGUUUGUUCUGCAAACAGAAGCCAAACAGUACCUGAUUAAAUAUGUUGUAUCAUUUCAAGAGGUGCUACUUGCCUAACUGCCUUCAAUUUGUAUCAAUGAGAAACCGUGAUCCUCUGCACUGACAUAAGAUGUGCAGUAUAUUUCAUUUAGUAAUGAGUUCUGUUGGAGACUGCAUUGGGUUCCACCCAAUUUGAUGAUGUUACACAUUCCAGGGUGGAGAUCUGGUGAGUCCAACUCCAGAUCCCAAUGGUGUCAGACUACUCAUCUCUGGCUUCUGAUAGUCUUUGUCAUAAUGUCUAACUAGCCAACAUGUAUCUAUUGCUAUCAUGCAAUAAACUACAUCUUAUUAAUUAA